UGCUGUGGAUGGUGCUGGGCUGCUCGGCCGUCUUCACCGACAUCCUGCUGCCCGGCCCCGAGGAGCCCGUGGUCACCGUGGCCGUGGUGUUCGGGGGCACCUCCUACCCGCUGCACAUCCGCUCCCGCCUGAGCCCCCAGAGCUUCCUGGACAUGCCCCUGGAGAUCCGCCCCAUCACGGUGGUGGUGAACAACACCAACCCCAGCACCCUGCUCACCCAGAUCUGCAACGUCCUCGCCAGCCACAAGAUCCACGGCAUCGUCUUCGAGGACAACGUGGGGACGGAGGCCGUGGCCCAGAUCCUGGACUUCAUCUCCUCGCAGACGCAGGUGCCUGUCAUCAGCAUCAGCGGGGGCUCUGCCGUGGUCCUCACCCCCAAGGAGCCCGGCUCGGCCUUCCUGCAGCUCGGCGUCUCCAUCGAGCAGCAAAUCCAGGUGAUCUUCAAGGUGCUGGAGGAGUACGACUGGGGCUCCUUCGCCGUCAUCACCAGCCUCUAUCCGGGCUACAACAUCUUCCUGGACGUCAUCCGCUCCUUCACGGACGCCAGCUACUUCGGCUGGGAGCUGCAGGACGUGCUCACCCUGGAGAUGAGCGCGGAGCAGAGCGGCUCGCGCGCGCAGCGGCUCCUGCGGCAGCUCGACGCCCAGGUGCUCCUGGUGUACUGCUCGCGCCAGGAGGCCGAGUUCCUCUUCGCCGUGGCGGAGCAGGCCGGCCUGGUGGGGCCGGGCUACGCGCCCGCCGGCGCCGCCACCAACAGCAGCUUCUACCGGCACCUCCUCAACGUGACGUGGGAGCACAGGGACUUCUCCUUCAACGAGGGCGGCUACCUGGUGCGGCCCACCAUGGUGGUGAUCUCGCUCAACCAGCACCGGCUCUGGGAGAUGGUGGGCAAGUGGGAGAAGGGCAUCAUCCACAUGAAGUACCCGGUGUGGCCCCGCUACGGCUCCUUCCUGCAGCCCGUGGCUGAAAAACGGACGGCCACGCUGGAGGAGAGGCCCUUCGUCAUCGUGGAGAACACCGACCCCAGCACGGGCGUCUGUGUGCGCAACACGGUGCCCUGCCGCAAGCAGACCAACUCCUCGCAGAGUUUCAGCGGCGACGGCUCCGUGGACCCCUACACCAAGCUGUGCUGCAAGGGCUUCUGCAUCGACAUCCUGAAGAAGCUGGCCAAGGCGGUCAAGUUCUCCUACGACCUCUACCUGGUGACCAAUGGCAAACACGGCAAGAUCGUCCGCGGGGUCUGGAACGGGAUGAUUGGUGAGGUGUACUACAAGCGAGCGGACAUGGCCAUCGGCUCGCUCACCAUCAACGAGGAGCGCUCCGAGAUCGUGGACUUCUCCGUGCCCUUUGUGGAGACGGGCAUCAGCGUCAUGGUGGCCAGGAGCAACGGCACCGUCUCCCCCUCCGCCUUCCUCGAGCCCUACAGCCCGGCCGUGUGGGUGAUGAUGUUCGUCAUGUGCCUCACGGUGGUGGCCGUCACCGUCUUCAUCUUCGAGUACUUCAGCCCCGUGGGCUACACCCAGAACCUGAGCAGCGCCAAACGACCCGGCGGGCCCUCCUUCACCAUUGGCAAGUCCGUGUGGCUGCUCUGGGCCCUGGUCUUCAACAACUCGGUGCCCAUUGAGAACCCCAAGGGCACCACCAGCAAGAUCAUGGUGCUCGUCUGGGCCUUCUUCGCCGUUAUCUUCCUCGCCAGCUACACGGCCAACCUGGCCGCCUUCAUGAUCCAGGAGCAGUACAUCGACACGGUGUCGGGGCUCAGCGACAGGAAGUUUCAGAGGCCGCAGGAGCAGUACCCGCCGUUCCGCUUCGGCACCGUCCCCAACGGCAGCACCGAGAGGAACAUCCGCAGCAACUACCCCGACAUGCACACGCACAUGGUGAAGUACAACCAGCGCUCGGUGGAGGACGCGCUCACCAGCCUCAAGAUGGGGAAGCUGGACGCCUUCAUCUACGACGCGGCGGUGCUCAACUACAUGGCGGGCAAGGACGAGGGCUGCAAGCUGGUGACCAUCGGCAGUGGGAAGGUGUUUGCCACCACGGGCUACGGCAUCGCCCUGCAGAAGGACUCGCGCUGGAAGCGGGCCAUCGACCUGGCGCUGCUGCAGUUCCUGGGGGACGGGGAGACGCAGAAGCUGGAGACGGUGUGGCUGUCGGGCAUCUGCCAGAACGAGAAGAACGAGGUGAUGAGCAGCAAGCUCGACAUCGACAACAUGGCCGGCGUCUUCUACAUGCUGCUGGUGGCCAUGGGGCUGAGCCUGCUGGUGUUCGCCUGGGAGCACCUCGUCUACUGGAAGCUGCGGCACUCCGUCCCCAAGUGCCACAAGCUCGACUUCCUCCUGGCCAUCAGCAGGGGCAUUUACAGCUGCUUCAAUGGGGUGCAGACCCCGGUGAGCCCCGCGCGGGCGCCCACCCCCGACGUGACGGCCGGCUCGGCCCAAGCCAACGUGCUGAAGAUGCUGCAGGCCGCCAAGGACAUGGUGUCGACGGCCAGCGUGGGCGGCUCGCUGGAGACGGCCACGCGCACCAUCGAGGACUGGAGCAGCCACAGCGAGCGCCUCCACACCACCUUCUCGCUGCGGACGCCCCAGCUCGUGGUGCAGAACAGCACGGGCGCCCACCGCCCCUCGGAGCGCUUCCCCCGCGCCUACGCACCCAAGGGUGCUCCUGCGGGCCUGCCCCAGCCCGUGCUGCUGGACGCCAGGGUGACCAGGACAAGUUACCCCAAUCCCGGCAGACGCCACGCGGGGCAGGUCGCUGCCCUCGGAGCAGGGGACGUUGAGCGGAGCAGCGCGGGGAGCAGGCGAGGCGGCUCCGCGGGGGCUGAACCUGCGGCUCUGCAGGCAGAGGCACCGGGACGAGCGGGGCAGGAGCAGAGCCAGCAGCACUGGGAUGAGGGCAGCUCCGCGGGCAGCCCCGCGCUCGGGGCGCUCAGUCCAAGCUGUGCGCCGCGCUGCUCCAUCCGCACCCAAAUGGAGACACGGAACCGUGUCCAGGUGUGA